AGAGGCAAACAGACAAAAGCCGCGUGCAUCCCCUGUCGCAAGCGUAAAUCAAAGUGCGAUGGAAUCAGACCUUCUUGCAAAUCCUGCGUCGGCAAAACCACCCCCUGCGAAUACAGCGUCAACCCAGGCGUCACCCAACAACAAGCCGUCAAGAAUCAGCUAGACGCCUACAAGCAUGUCCUCAAUCUUCUGAGGCAAGGAAACGAAGCCGAGUGUGAAGUCUUGAUCAAACAGCUGAAAGCCCAUGAGCUUUUGGCAGACGCCGUAGGAAACAUUAUGCAG